AUGGACAUUGCCGACAUCCUCUCCAAGUACAAACGGUCGACGCCAGCUUUCAACGAAGCGCCAAGCUCGUCGCUGCCGCCGAUCGAAAGUGGUGUUCUGCACCCGGUCAUGCCGACGCCGCCCAAAAGCCACAAGCCCCGCACACCGUCCAAGCGCGCGAGUUUCAUCCAGCAGCCCCUGUACUUUCUAAAGCCUCACGAGAAGGCGCGGCCCGACCACCGCAAUAGCUACCGGGACAUGGGUCUUUUGACGGCCGCCGACUUUGCUCGGGGCGACUGCGCAGCGCCGAACAUCGAGUGCUGGCCCCUCGGCGCGCGCGUUCGCAAGGAAGAGGACGUGCUUGGCAGCAACAAUCGCAAGGGCAUGCGACCCGAGAGAACUCCGGCGAAACCUCUGCUUCUACAACAACUCGAAGCCUUCUUGGCUGCCGAACUGAGUAUUGUGGGCGCCACCGAGCACGGCGACCGCGAGGUUGACGACGAAGGCCGCGCACAGAUGCACUUGGCGCGCUUGCAAGUGUUUCGAGAGUGCUUUCUCCUCUUGAUCGAAGACUUUAAGACAUACCAGCCGCUUUUGCUACGCAUCAAGGCCGAGUACGAAGCUCUUUUGGACAUUUACACGCUCAAGGUGAGCAAAAUUCCGCAGUACGAAGCCACGAUCCGCACGAUGGAGCAAGAAGCCCAGCAUGUGAUUAGCGAGCGCAACCUCAUCAACAAGAUGAAAGUCAAGGCCCUCAAGAAGCAACUCAAGUCGACCCAAGCCAUGCUGACCUCGUAUGCGGCCGCCAAUGCGAGCCUUGAAGAUGGCCGCACCAAGCUUCUAAGCGAUCUGCAAGAGCAGUUCAAGCGUGUCGCUGACGUCAUGGCCACCAACCAGAUGCUCUUGCACUCAAUGAAGCGUCAGGACGAGCGCCAAAAACAGCACGACUCGCAGUUGAGCGAACUCCACGGCGUGCUCCAAGGGGUGACGACCAAGUACACGCGCGCGCAAGAAGAAAUCAACGAGCUCCGGAGCUCGAUCUUGACGCUGGAAGAGCGUGCCGGUGGCAUUGACGCCAAUGCCGACAAGGCGACAAUCAACCACUUGACGCGCGAGCUCCAAGAGCUCCUCCACGCCAAAAUGACGUUGGAAAAACAGGUGGCGCACCCUGUACCACCCGCCGAAUCGGACGUUCUGCACCGAAUUCUCGCCGGCAUGUCCGCGCAGGGGCUUUCCACCACAGAUAUCUUCGCCUCGGGUGUCCCCACGACCGUCGAUGGCUUCGUCGCCGGGUUGUCCACGCACCUCUUGCGCACGCCAUCGGCGCCGCCAGCAGCAACAACCAUCCCAUCGUCCGUGUUUGUGACGCAAGCGCACAGUGACGAGCCCGACGAGCAAUCACCGACCGUGACAGACAGCGGCGAGUUCUUCAUCGGGCAUGGCUUUGAUGCGUCCGUGCCCGAGUACCUGCAAUUCGACGGUCGCGUCCGCAACCUCUUUUACUCGCGCCGGGACGUCGAGCGCUGGAUUACAGAUAUUUGGCAACAAAAGGACAUUUCCGAAAAGCUCAACUUGCACAGUAGUAUGCUCGGGCCUGGCCGCAAGCGGGCCAGCGACGUUGGUGCCGCUGCGGCAGUUUUUCGCCGCAUAUUUGGCCAAGAAAUUCCGCACCGCGCCGACGCGGUCGAAAGCGCAUACAACAUUUGUGAAGCACUCAAGCAGUACAACUAUGGUUGCGAGUGCCGUGUGUUUGAAAUGACGCUGCACGGCGACGUGCCCGAGGCCACGCGCUUGGACCAGCUUCAAGUUGUCUACAUCGUGCACGAAGCGUACACGACGCUCGAAAAGAACGAAUCCGAAAGCGUCGUCGCCAACAAACGCAAGGGUCUCGUCUCGGUGGGCGGCGCGAUGCGAGAACUGCGCAUCCUUUUCCCGUGGAAAACGGAAGCAGCGAUUGCAGCGCUUUGCAAAGCGCUGCUUUUCGAAGCCAAGGGCGUCCUCUACAUCCCGUACGCAGCGCUACUCGAGCCCGACCGCCAUGGCAACCUCUCGUCGUUUUGCGAGUGCCUUCGACACCAACAUCUGGACGAAAUUGUACACAUGAAAAAAAUGCUACUGACGGCGGUGCACGUGGCUGAGAAGCAAGCCGGAGCCGACAGCAAGGGCAUGCUGAGCUUGGACACGCUGCGACACGUCAUCAAAUCGUGCGACCCGGAGAGAACGAUGGCGUCGACCAAUGCGAUAUUGGCCGAGUGCACCAGCAUCCCGCUGGAGCGGCUCGAGAACGAAGGCGCGACGCUCGUCAGUGGCGCCAGCGUCCGAGCCAAGCUCGCAGGUAUCCUCGUCAAGCCGUCGGGGCGGCUGCCAGCCUCGGACCUGUGAUUCGAAUCGCCCAC